AUGAAGCUCUCCCAGACUCUUCCCUUUGCCUUCGCGAUCCUCCAGCCCACCACAGCCCUCGUCGGACAUUACUGGAAUGUGGACAACGUGCCCAAGGACGGUAUGCGGGAAAUCACCUUCCCCAUCAACAUCGCCAAUGCACCUCACGAGAAGGGUUUCUACUUCGCCCAGCAAUUCACCUUCGCCGGACAGUCUGAUGUUGGCUAUACAGGCCUGCAGCCGCAAACCGACGGCUCAGCUGGCUCCGUAGUCCACGCUGCCUUCUCUAGCUUCGUUCCUGGAACCACUACCACCGAUGGGAACUGCCACGAUGGUGCCGACGGUGGUCCUGGCGUGAGCUGUGCUGUUAAUAUCAACGGCCCUUACGCCAAUACCUAUCACCUGAAUGUCAAGAACACCGAGGGAACCACAUGGGUCGGUACACUGAUUGAUUCUGUCACUGGCACGAAAACCCAUAUCGGCUCUUAUACCCUUCCUUCUACCACUAAAGGUAUUGAGGGGAGCCAGAUGGGCUUUGUUGAGUACUACAUUGGCACUAAGCAGUGCGGUGACUUGCCCAAGACCGCUGUCACUUUUGGCAAUCCCAUUGUCAAGGGUCUUACUGGAAGCAUACGCACUCCGUACGAGUAUGGCGACUGUGUUAAGAAGUCUGCAUUUGAGACCCACACUGUUAAGGAUGGCGUUGAGAUCUCUGUUGGAUUCUGA